AUGAUGCGGGGAAAGAUCGGGAUGAAGGGGAGGAGCGUGAGCCUCAGAGAAGGACGGGCUUUUUACAAAUCUGCACUUUUUCUGGAGCGACUUCAGCCACAGCAGCGAGAGGGAGGACCGAGGGAGGACAGAGGGGGAGACAUGAGGGAGACAUGGGGGAGACAUGGGGGAGACCCGGCCGCCUCGCUGCGCCCUGAGCGUCCGCUGACCCAAGGAGUCCCGAUGGAAGACCACGAGAUUAUGGAGAUUUGA